GAUUUGUUAUUUUCCUCGAUUAAACACAACAAAUUUAAAACUAAAAAUUCUUAGAAAAAUAAUUAAAAUCACAAAAUCGUACAUUAUGGGUGGUGUACCGAAUCCUAAUCCAACCAGAGAGAAAUUAUUACAAUUGAUCUCCGACAAGGAUAGAUUGGAGGCCAGGAUUAAUGACUUUGGCCAAAUCUUGAUAAAUAAUGCCGAUAUAGGAAUGCAUGGUCCUCUGGUGGAUGUUGAAGGAUAUCCACGCAAUGAUAUAGAUGUGCAUCAAGUACGCCAAGCAAGACAACAAAUAAUUUGCUUGCAAAACGAUCAUAAAGCAUUGAUGAAUGAAAUUGAGAAACUCAUGCAUAAAUUACAUGCAGAAACUGGAAGUGGCGAGCAAACGGAGCAAGCUCAACAACAAGAUGCCGACAAUGAGACAAUGGAGGAUUCAUCGCAAGAGGAUCAGCCGUCUAUUUCUGAAAUAGAUCUCAAGGUUAUAGUCAGAGUAAAUCAUGUUGCUCCCGGUUCUCCGGCAGAAAAAGCGGGUUUACGUAAUGAUGACCAUAUAGCGCGUUUUGGUACAAUUACUUCAAGCAAUUUUAAUGGUGACCUGCAAUCCAUAGGAGCACUUGUAAAGCAUAUGCAAAAUCAAAAAAUUCCGUUACGAGUUUUGCGCAACGGAAUAGUCUUGGAUAUGAUGUUAAUACCGCAAAGUUGGUCUGGCCGCGGAUUACUAGGUUGUAAUAUUGUAUUAAAUGAUGAUUAAUUAAUUUGAAGGAUAUUUUUUUUUAUUCUUCGAAGCUUACAAACUCUUAAUAAUCGUUAUUAUAUUUUUGGGUAUUUUUAUGAUAAAUCAUUUCUGUAUAUGAAUUUCUUUGUCCUGAAAAUAAAAUAUAGUUUAUAAAAAAAAAAAGAAACAGC